AUGUUUAUAAGAAACCUGAAAAAGGCAAAUCAAAAGGUGAAAUCAUUUUCAAAUUUUAAUAUAUAAAACCUAUAAAGAUCUUUUAAAGAUUUUAAAACAAUUUAAGACUUUACAUCUAACAUACUUAGAUUAAUUGACACAUAUAUUAAUAACAAAGAUAAAAAUUAGAAUGUAUUUCAUUUAUACUGUUAACUAGAUAAAGGUAGUUUUGGAUAAGUUGAUCUUUAUUUUUGUGAGAUUGAAUAAUAAUUUCUUAACAAUUCAAUAUAACAAGAUAUAAAAAUAGAAGAUAUGGAAAUUGAAUAAUCUAUAAAUAUGUAAUAAACUUUAUAUCCAUUUAAAUAAAAGGAAUACUCUUACAAUCUGAGGAGCUUUAAAAAUAAAAUGAGUGAAUUCAAUUUAUCAAGUUAGUCUCUAGGGUCUAAGAAUUCUAAGAAUAAUACCUUGGCAUCUACAUUAAUUGUUGAUGAAAAUAAAAUAUCUAAUACUAUAUCAAGUAGAGAUAAUAAUGAAAGUAUAUUAAUAUCUUCAACUAUUGCUAGUAAUAAUAAAUAGCAAUAUUUUCCUGUUGCAGGUAAGAAAUUUAGUAAUAAAGAAGAAUUUAUCCGUGAACUCUUUAUUAUGAAUUAGAUAAGUAGCACUUACAAGCCAAAAAUCAUAGAAUAAGAUAUUGAAGAAUAAAUUAUUUUUCUUGAAUUAGGACUCUGUAAUUUGUAUAAUCUUAAAAUAGACAGCUAAAUCAAUAAUUAUAAGCUUACUGAUGAAUUUACCUUUUAGGUAUUGAUUAAUAUAUUUAAUGCCAUAGAAUCGCUUUUAGGAAAUAUUAAUCCUAAAACACAAACUCCUUUUCCUAUUUUUCAUAGUGAUAUUAAACCUUAAAAUAUCAUUUUGACAGCGACUUAGCAUUUAGAGGAUAAGUCUCCUGAAAUUAAACUUCUUCUUAUAGAUUUUGGAGGAUCAUCAAGCGAUAUACAGGAUUACUGGUCUUACUAUACACCUGCUUUUGUUUGUUAGGAGCUAUGGAAUAAAGCAAUAGAAGGAACACAUAAAAAAGAAAAAUUAAGCUGGUAAGAAAUAAGAUAUGCUGAAUUCUAUGCAGCAUGUAGAACUAUUUAAUACAUUAUCAUAGACAAAAAUGAUGAAGAAAGUUUUAAAAAAGAAAACUAUAAAAGUUUUAUAAAUAAAUAUUAAAAUGAUUAUCCAAAGACCUGUUAUAUUAUUGAUAAAUUGUUUGAAUUCAGUAAUAUAUCAAAAUUAGACAAUAAUUAUAAAGAAAUAUUAAGCGAUUCAAAAUUAAAUCUUCAGUAAUUAACUAAUUUAAAAAUUUAGUUCGAUGUAGUAAAGCUCUACCAAAUUUCUAAAAUUUAUGAAGUGGUCAAUAUCUGA